UUAAACCGCUUCACUCAUCGAAGAAAACAAGCCGCGGCGGUGGAAUCGUUCCGCUCCGAUGGCGACGACGGAGAAGCCAGUGAUCGUGAUCGGAUUCGACGACAGUGAAUACUCUACCGGCGCUCUGGAGUGGACAUUGGACCACUUCUUCUCUUCAUCCAUACAUCCGUUCAAGAUCGUCGUCGUCUACGCCAAGCCAAUGCCCGACCUCUUCAUCGGCGUCGGCGGACCAGGAAUGAUGGUAGGAUCUGCUGGAACUUUCCAAUAUUUGGACGAGGAUUUGAAGAAGAAAGCUGCGAUAAUCAUCGAAACUGCGAAACAGAUUUGCGCCUCUAAAUCGGUAACGGUGGAUGAUGUUAAAUUCGAGGUGGAUGAAGGAGAUGCUAGGUAUGUGCUGUGUGAGGCGGUGGGUAGGCACCGGGCUUCAAUGCUGGUGGUGGGAAGCCAUGGCUAUGGAGCUGUCAAGAGGGCGUUCUUGGGGAGCGUGAGUGACUAUUGCGCUCAUCAGGCUUCAUGUACUGUCUUGAUUGUCAAGAAACCCAAAACCACCACCACCACCACCUGAUUCAGUCCCAUCUCCCCACUUGUGGACAUUUCUACCAUUAUAAAUUUAUUGGUCUUAAAAGCAUUGUACAUAUGUACUCUUAAAUCAAAUAAUAAUAUUUAAAACAUUUGAGUUUGUUUGUAACAAAAAUCUGAUCCAAUACUUGCUUA